AUGGACUCUGGACAGGCCGCAAACCCAAAAGACAGAAUAGUGAAGCCAGGGGCGUGUCCCCGGAGGAGCUGGGGCGUGGGCAUGUGUGCGGAGUACUGCUCCUCAGACACUGACUGUGAGGGCCACAUGAAGUGCUGCUACAACGGCUGCGGACACGAGUGCAUGGAGCCCUACAAGGUGAAGCGUGGCCGAUGCCCCCUGCCUCAGCCUUCUCAGAUGUGUGCGGAGUUCUGUCACCACGAUGGUCAGUGUCCCGAGGAGCAGAAGUGCUGCAGGACGUCCUGUGGCCACGCGUGCAGCGAGGUCCAGCCCUGCUAA